AUGGUACCAAGUAGGAGGGUUAUGCUAACUAACAUUCCCUUUUAAGCAGAAACUCAGUGGGAUCUUGGGCUGGCCAGAAGCAACCCAAUGGAUUUCAGUUCCGACUCUGGGCCACUCUCCACCCGCACCACUGUAGGAGGACCUGCAUUGGAGCAGGAGCUGUCUCUGUCUAGUACUCAGUGUCAAACAGAAAGUGGAGGCACCAUCUUAUUACAGUUGUUGGAAUUUAAAACCCAUCUGCUUGAGGCUAUAGAGGAGCUGCAUAUCCGAAGGGAUGCAGAGGCACGCUUCGAGGAUCAACUGAGUAAACUGGUGCUGGAGAAGCAGGAGCUGGAGUGGGAGAAGGAAUCCCUACAACAGCAGCUUGAGACAGUGGCAAACCAGCACACAGAGUCACUUGCUAAUGUUAAGAAGCAGUUUCAGGCCAAAGUCAGAAACACUGAGGAGGAGAAGGGGAAGUACCAGGUCAGUGCUGAGUUAAAAGAUAAGGAGAUUAACAGCUUAAAAGAAGAGCUGAAGUCAUUACAGUUGCUGAAGUUCAACUUGGAGAAGAAAUCAAACGAUCUGGAACAGAAACUAGCCUUGCAGAGCCGGUCAAAGGACAGCCACCUGAAUCAGCUGGGCGAGGUGGAGAAGCGGUUCAAUGCUCUGUCCAGGCAUUGUGUCUUGGUCAAGCAAGCCCAUGAGAAACUAGAGCAAAAUGUUGACGAGGCCAUGAGAAUCAACAAGAAGCUGUCUUCUACAAAUGAAAAACAAGAAGCAACCAUUGUGUCACUGAAGAAGGAGCUGGAAGAAGCGAGUAAGAAGCUGAUCAAGGCCAAGAUGACAUCAGUCCGACUUGACAAGACCCACAGUCCUAUAGGCAAAGAGCAGCAUGUACAGCAGCUGCACCAGAAACUGAACAUGGAAACUGAAAUGAACAAAAAAUUCAGGGAAGAAAAUCUCACUUUGAGAGCGGAAAAGCAGGAGGUAAUGAGGUCCCUGCAGCAUAACCAGCAACUGCUGUUGAAUCAGACACAGGCAGUAAGCAGAGUAGAGCAGGAGCUGCAAACACAAAGAGAAAAGUACAAGGCCCUUAAACAAGAACAUGAGGUGAUGCGAGAGAAAAGCAAGGCAGUGGAAGACAAGGUGGCCCAACUGAUGGACAACUACGCUGCCUCCAAGACCAACUGGGACAAAGAGAAGGCAAUGUUUCUGGAUCGCCUCAAGAGUGAGCAGCAAGACCUUCAAGCGGUCUUCCCCACUCUAGUGGAGGAAACCAGAGGAGGGGAUGAACCCAUCUUCAGCUCUGAGCUGCCCAGCUUCGGCAGUCUGCAGCACUUGGCCUCCUCUCAGAGCAAAAACCCAGACUAUCUUGAGGACACAGGAACUCUGACUAAGCUAGUUGCCACUGGAGCAUCUGGAGGACAAGAAGCUCUAAACCUCCAUGACCGAUCCAUAUUUAAACAGCCCCUAAACACGUUGAGCCCAUUUACCUGCCCACUCACAACCACCAUCCUUGUCAGUCAUUCUGGAACAAGCCACAACAACAGUAUAUUGACCAAAUACAUGAGUAACUCUCACAAAGGUGAGAGUGAAGAUGAUGUAAUUUCAGAUUUCAUUUGUACUACUUACUCUGUGUCUGACAAUCUUCAGAUUAGCAAAGGUUGUGGCACCUCAACUGUAUCAAGCCCUGAUUGCAGGUCUAUCGAUGGAUCUGUAGGUUUACUGAGCAAAGAGGAAAGUGAAGAAGACAAUAUAGGAAUGAAUGAGAAAAAACAGGGAGGUAAGGAUGAAAAACACAACAGAAAAAUUGAGGAAGGAAAUACAGAGCAGCUGUGGAAUAGAGAAGAGCUCCAAAUAGGAGAUGUAAAGGAGAAAGGAAGUCUUAGAAAAAAUAGUGAAACACUCAUCAUGGCCCAAGCAACAGACAGACGUGAGGAUAACCCCAGGUCAGCAGAGGAUUCUGGGGACAUCAGAAACCCUGAAACAGAAAUGAGAGAUAGAGCAGAUGGAAAAGGGACAAAUGGAAUGGAGAAGAGAGGAAAAUCAGCACCGCAAACACCAGACACACCAGAAACACAGAUACUGGCCCAGGCGACUACUGAUACAACCUGUAAGAAUACCAACAUACAGCAGGCCAUUGACUUAAUGGACACUGAGCCACCACUCCCUGUCUGCGAGCCCUCAGACUGCUCACAAAAUCUAUAUCAGAAUGACACUGACAAGGAUUCUGGCUCCAGUCAUGUAAGCAAAGAAUGUGGCACUGGAAGAGAGGGACAGUCGCUCCACACUCUCAAUUCUGAGGAUAGUUACGGGCCUAAACAUGUCACUCAAGAGGAGCAAAGCCUGUGUCAUAAUGAGGUGAAACUUCAAGUUGCUGGGCCACAUAAUCAGCUGCCAAAUCAAUUCCAACAAGUUUCUAAGAAAACCACAGAAGAGAGGCCAUCCAGCAAAUCAACAGCUAAUUUCACCACUGAACUUUCUGAAUCUCCGAAUGAGUCAAGUAUUUGCACCUCCCAGACAAGUGCUGCUCAAACAGGUGGUACUGUCAGUAUCCAAGAGUUAGCAACAACUACAGCAAAACCAGAACCUAGUAAUCCUUCUGACAUGAUCAGUGACAUGAAGCAAACAGAAGAAAUGUUUCAUAAACACACGAGUGAAGAAUGUGUACCAGUCAGAACAAUGGUUGAGCCACAGUCAUUACCUCAAAGUCAGGAAAUCUCCGAGCAAGAGAAUGGACAACUGAGGUCUCAGGUCUUUGAUGGUGAUGGUGAUUCUUGUGCAUAUAAGGAGAGGGAAGGUCAGUCAAAUGUUGACACACAAGGAAAUGAUACUCCCACGACUGAUCAGGAACUCACGGAGAAAUCUAAUUUGAAAGAUGCCUGUGUUGAUAUGAUGGGCAAUGUAAGCCUUGAAUCUGAGGUGAAACCUGGCAACUGUCAGGACAAACUAGGUGAUGCAAGUGAUGCAAGGGCCACGAAAAGCAACAGUGAUCUGAAAUCUGAUCAAAGAGUUCACAAGAUUCAUGAAUCACCAGAAACUAGCUGCUCAAAAUUCUACAAGCUGCCUCUGACAAAAGAAAUGAAGGUUGCUAAUACUGACACGUCAUCUCUGCCCAGCAGUAAGACCUACAGAUCAUUUGACUGGGGCAGCACUCAGAGAAAAACAGAAAACCAGGUUGUUCAGGUGCCUUUACAGAGUUCUGAGCAAAAUACAAGUGAGUCUCAUGGACAGCUAAGACAUUCUCUGAGCACAAUACCCAUGUUUCUUACAAGCAAGCACAACGAAGGUGGUGUCCCCUUGAUCAUUACCAGGGCAUCAGAUAUGCUGAAUGCCUUCAGUGUCUCUGGGACUGCAGCGUCCUCAAGGAGACGUCAGCAGGGAAAGUGGAAAACUAUGGCAGAGACCAGCACAGAGACAGUAGCAGCAGACACGGAGAGCAGAACCUCUCCGUCAUUCAGUUCUUAUCUAGUCUCUACCUCCUCCAGUGUAGUCAGCACGGUGUCAUGGCAGGCCACUCCAGGGUGCAGCAGAGGUCUUCCUUUUGCUGCAGGGCUUAUUUCAGAGUCUGACUCGGAGCUCUCCAGCUCUCAGGAGAGGGGAGACCAGCAGUCAUCAUUCAGAGCUCAGAUCUCAAAAAUUGAAGAGUUCCUCAAUGCAGAGCGACUCUAUCUGCCCAAAAGACAAAGAACUGAGAACUAAACCACUAAACCUACUGUUGAGGGAUGCUACUGUGUCCAUAGUUAAAUUACUUCCCAGUACAAAUACAUUGGAAAUACUGGUAGUACAAGUUUAGGUGUUCUCACAUUCUGUUCACUUCGAUACACAAAUGUUAUAACAAUGUUAUAAUAAUUCCUUUCAACUGUGAAGUUUGUUAUAUAGAUUAUUGUAGUGUUGUGUUUGUUAUAAGAGUUAUAAGAGCCUAAGCUGUGAAAAACUGAGAGGGUUUAGUAGUUUUUGCUCAAAUCGUUAUUGUUAAAAAAACAUUUCUUUAUGUUGAGUGGAAAGUCACUACAUUCAUUUGUUGUUGCAUUGUUGUAUGGUUGUACUUUAAUAAAAGAAG